ACCAUUGGAUUUUGAUCGUCGGUCGCAAGAACUUACGUCGUUUUCGACAGAAACUGAGGCUAAAUAAAUCAUGAAAUUAAAGGAAUUCGAAAGUUAUCUCCAGCAAGUUGAUAUAUUCGAAGAACCCAAGAUUCUUCUAGAACAAUAUCCAACAAGCCCACAUAUUGCUGCUCGGAUGUUUCAUACCAUUGAUGCGAGCUAUGGAGACAUCAACGGUCGCCUGAUAGCUGAUCUAGGAUGUGGCUGUGGGAUGUUGAGUAUUGGAGCAGCAAUGCUGGAAGCAGGUCUAUGCAUAGGGUUUGACAUUGAUGACGAUGCCCUGGAGAUCUGCCAGAGGAACUGUGAAGAGUUUGAGCUUGUUGGGGUAGAUACUGUCCAGUGUGACCUUACCAAGAUGGAAGCAGGUUCUUGGAGUAAGAAGUUUGAUACCGUCAUCAUGAACCCUCCCUUUGGAACAAAACACAACAAAGGGAUUGAUAUGCAGUUUGUACAACUGGGUCUCGAGAUGGCAACGAAUUCUGUGUAUUCAUUACAUAAAUCAUCAACAAGGGAGCAUAUAGAGAAGAAAGCAGUACAGUGGGGUGUCAAUUGUGAGGUCAUUGCAGAGUUACGGUUUGAUCUCCCCUCUUCCUACAAGUUCCACAAACACUCUUCGGUAGACAUAGAAGUGGACUUUGUACGCUUCUCCUUUCCAUCUCAUCCAUCCAACAAAGAACAAAAGAAGAAGGCAUCCGGAACAUGACGCAAAACAGAAGAACAAAUUCGACCGAUGAUCUUAAGUGGCACCUUGGGCUUCCAAAUGUGUGAUGAUGAUUCUCAUGCUAUUCUUGAAGAGUGCCAUCACAUGAUUCAUGUACAUUGUAUGUCAAUGUGCUUCUACAGAACUUGGCUCAGAUGAUGAUAGGCUAUUCUUGAAUACUGCCACCACAUAUGUCCAUGUGCUUCUCAUGAACUAGGCUCAGAUAUCACAUGGAAUGUUGUAAGCGCUUCCGAAGGACUUUCCUCUUGCUGCUUGAGCCUAGCUGUAGUAGCUAUAAUGCAUUGUAGGCUUCAAGAUGUUGAAAAUGGAAACUGCAGUUCUCGUCACAGGGAAUUGGCACCAUCACAUGAUUCAAACAUCUUUCCCUGUGGCUUAUAAACCAGAGACCGUUCUUCCAGGGGCUUGUCGCAGAGAUGCUAUUAUAUGCAAUUCUAAAUAUCAAACGCAAUUUGAUUUUCAACCAUUGAAACACGCAUAUUAGGAACAUGCGCUUGAUUUCUUUACUUUUGUUUAAGUGCAACUCUUUCUGCAUCAGGCCCCUGGCCGCAUGAUUUGAAAGUGCAAUAGUCCUGUGGUUUUUUUAUGAUCUUCAAAGUAAAAGGAAAGAAAUUCAAA